AUGGAGUCGGUGACAACGGAAGCGAAAACCAAGUCCGCGAUGAGCCCUACGGCCACGAUGCCAGAACGAUCAGAGGCAACGACAUCGCAAGAAACCACCACCUCAAUGUGGUUUCAUUUGCAACAACCUUCAAACGUUUUAGAGUCAGCAGAAUUAUCGACUACGGACGUGGCGACCAAGACGGCUACGAGGCCUAUGACCACGGUGUCAGCCACAACGACAUCGCAAGAAACCACCGCCUCCACAUGCUCAUCCCCUCCGGUGGAUUGUGAAUUCGGCGGGUCGUCCUACAAUUUCAGCACUCGCUGGAUGGAUCAUGCUUCUGCGGUUUUAGCUUGUUCCCAAUUCGGAUCCCAUCUGGUCUUCAUCGAGUCGCAAGAGGAAGAGAACUUCAUGAUCAUGGAGCAUGGUCAGUACAAUUACUACUGGAUCGGGCUGACCGGCUCAAGUCCCAGUGAGGCAAGGUGGCUAGACGGAUCAAGUCCUACAUAUAAUAAUUUUAGCGAUGGUUCGUUCAAUGAUCAUGGAAACUGUUUUAGUAUUAAGUGUGGGGGUCAAUAUAGUGGAUGGCAUGAUUGGUAUUGCUCCUGGAUAAAUAGAUUCAUAUGCGAGAAAGAAGUAUAGGGAUAUAAAAAUUGGAGUUGUUUCUUUCAAUUUUUCAUACCGCCUGGUUGCACCACUGGAUACAUGUAAAAUCAGGUUUUCGUUGCUUUGUCAUUGUGUGUAUAAGUCUAUCGGAGCUGUAUGAAUGUUCAAGUUUGUGGUUUUUUGUCGUUCCAUGCACUAAUUUUCAAACGAAGAGCACUGAAAGGAUUGUUACGGAGGUGUUAAUUUAUGGUGUUUAAAAGACGGAGCACUUUUCAUCUUUACAUUCAAGCAA